AUGGAACAAAAUAUUAAGUCAAUCUUAUUUAUUAAAAUUACUUUGUUUAUACUUUUAAACUGGUUCUGUCAUUUUAACAAUGUUGCGUGUACUUUUAUUACAUCUAUAAAUUAUAAUUGUAACGUUGGUACAAAAAUAGCUUCAAGAACUCAUAGAUUACUAGCAAAAUAUAAACAGUAUAAGAAUUCCUAUAUAACAAGGUUAAAUGAGAAUAUAUCACACAAUGAUGGAGUAUAUGAAAAAGAAAACAUGUAUAAUAAAAAAAAAAGGAUCGUGGCAGAAAAGAAGCAAUCUAAUAGAUCUUUAUUAAAUAAGGGGCAAUACUAUACAGAAAUUGUCAAUUAUAAUAAUGGAAUGUUUGAUGGAAAACAUUUCCAUUUUGAAAAAAAAUGGAUUAAAAAAAUAGAUUAUGAUAAUUUUCUUGAAAGAAAAAGGAGAAUUUGUGAUAUAGUUUUAAAAAAGAUAAAAUAUAAAAAUUACGGAUAUAUAGUUGCUAUAUUUUUUAUUUUUUCCUUGUUUGCAGUAGCAAUAGACACAAUACCAAGAUUAAAGCCUUUGCAUGAAGCUUUUAAAUCUCUUAAUGAUGGUGAUAUAUUGAAAAGUAUGUAUGAUUUUGUAAAUAGCUGGGGAGAUUCAGUAAAUAAAUAUAUUUAUAUUACGUUAUAUUGUGUAUUUAUGCUUAUAUUGAUUAUUGUACUUGUAAUGGGAAUUUGCAAGAUCUUAAGAAAUAAUGAAAAAUAUAAUAAAAUUAAGUUGAUGAUCCAGUAA